UAAACAAAGCUUCCAUCUCCGCUCCAAAAAACCAGCAGAUAACACACUUGUGCUCGGGGUCGGGGGAGGGGGCCGGCUAGUGCAAAUGAAGCAGCUUCAGAAGAUGGCUCUCCUACAACUCUUGUUGGAAAAUAUUGUUCUCUUAUUACUGCCGCUGCUCGCUCUGACCUUUUCUUGCUGCGACGCGGCAACCCUGAAGCUGCACGCCCACCACGCGGACGGCGGCCUCAGCCUCAGCCGCCGGGAGCUGCUGCACCGCAUGGCCGCGCGCAGCAAGGCCCGCGCCGCGCGGCUGCUCUCGGCCUCGGGGAGCGCCCGCGUAGACCCGGGACCUUACGCCAACGGCGUCCCCGACACGGAGUACCUGGUGCACCUCGCCAUCGGCACACCGCCGCAGCCCGCGCAGCUCAUCCUCGACACCGGGAGCGACCUCGUCUGGACGCAGUGCCGGCCGUGCCCCGCCACCACCUGCUUCAGCCAGGCGCUCCCAUACCUGGACCUGUCCAACUCCUCCACGUUCGGCGUGCUCCCCUGCAACCAGCCCAUGUGUGACAACCUCGCCUGGUCGUCUUGCGGCAAGCACAGCUGGGGGAACCAAACCUGUGUCUACGUCUACUCAUACGGCGACAGCUCCAUAACCACCGGCCACCUCAACGCCGACACCUUCACGUUCGCGGCCGCUGAUGGCUCCGGCGGCCAGGUCUCCGUACCCGACCUGGCCUUCGGCUGCGGUCUCUUCAACAACGGGAUUUUCGAGUCCAACGAGACCGGCAUCGCCGGCUUCGGGCGCGGCGCGCUGUCCCUGCCGUCGCAGCUCAAAGUGGACAACUUCUCCUACUGUUUCACCGACAUAACGCGGCCGGAGCCCAGCUCCAUCCUGCUCGGCCUUCCGGCCAACCUUUACGGCGACGCCGGCGGCGUAGUGCAGUCCACUCCUCUGGUCCAGAACUUCUCGUCUCUGGAACUAUACUACCUGUCACUAAAGGGCAUAACCGUCGGCUCGACGAGGCUGCCGAUUCCGGAGUCAACGUUCGCGUUGAAGCAGGACGGGACGGGCGGCACGAUCAUCGACUCUGGCACCGGCAUGACAAUGCUGCCCCAGGACGUGUACAAGCUUGUGCACGACGCGUUCACUGCUCAGGUGAGGCUGCCCGUGGACAACGCCACGUCGUCGUCGCUCUCGCAGCUCUGCUUCUCGGUGCCGCGGCGAGCUAAACCCGACGUGCCACAGCUGGUGUUGCACUUUGAGGGCGCAACGCUGGCCCUGCCGAGGGAGAACUACAUGUUUGAGUUCGAGGACGCAGGCGGCAGCUUCACCUGUCUUGCUAUCAACGCCGGAGAUGGCCUGACGACCAUCAUCGGCAACUACCAGCAACAGAACCUCCACGUCCUUUACGACCUGGUGGGCAACAUGUUAUCCUUUGUUCCUGCUCGGUGCAACAGGCUUUAGAGGAGUAACGGAUAUAGAAUUUCACUACAUGGUAUGCCACGUUAAAAUUUUCGUUAUAUACACAAUAAGGUAAAAAAUCCAUUUAAAAUAUUCAAUAAAAAACUAUCCUGCAAAUCGGUAUUCAGAGUAAAAACUACCACGUUAAGUUUGACAAUUUAUAUAAAUUGUCCUUUCUCUAGUGCAGCCAUAAAUGAAAUGUUUACUUGUAUCACUAUAUUUAGAUACAUACAACAAUUUACGCUAGUCGUAGAAAAGUUUUAUGUAUUUUUCUUACCUAUUUGAACAUGUUUUCAAGACCGUGUUGGUUGAAAGUGAAUCAAUAUUUAUAUUUUUAUCUAGCACUAUUUACUCAAACUUGAGGAUUUUUAAAAUCAUAAAUACAACACAGAAAGUUAUCAAAACUGAGGGUUUUUACACUAAAAACCGAAGGUUUUUAUGAUCGAACCUAGAGUGAAUCCAUCAGUAUAUCGUGUGCCAUAUUUUUCGUAUGCAUAGUGAAAAAGGAAUCCCUUGAUUUAUGGUAUCC